AUGCGAUUCGCGCUGAUCAAAACAAACACUAAUCAAUACAAUACUCUUCAGUUCACAACAACAACAACAAUAGCAACAGCAACACAACCACCAAUGAGCACUAGCAAGAAACCAGUGUUUCCACUUAAGGUGGAGACACUGCCCAUUGACCACGACAGCAAACCGUCCAGUAGGCCGGAGGAGACUGAUGACGGGUUCCAGUUCAAGAGACACUCAAACAAGAACCUCAAUGGAGUGCCCUCCCUAGGUGAACGACUGGACUAUUUACAGGACAUUAAGAGGGCUAAGAGGAUGGAGAAUUUCAACUCCUCGUCGCUCCCACAGACACACUCACCGAUACGUAACCAACCAACACUCCCGCCAUCGCAACAGGCUCCCAAUUUGCACUAUUACAACAACUCCACUUCACCAUUACCUGCCUCCUCGUUGCAACCGUUCUACCCGAAACCACCUUCGUCUGCCCAAUUGCUGCCGCCAGCAACUUUAUUCCCUUACCCAUCGUCAUCCUCUGCCUCAUCGCAACAGAAACUGACAAACAGGACCAGAUCCAAGAGGUCCUCCCUGCAGAAGCAAAGAGGAAGAAGAUUAUCGAUACUGGCUUCAGAACAACCUAAUAUCAUCUCCCCACAUAGGGAUGUCCCUCAGGAGGAAUUCUACAGACAUCUCGGGGACGUAUCUUUUGGGAAAAGUUUGCAAUUGAGACAAUUGUUCAAUUGGUGCAUGAUUCGAUCCCUGGAGUCGCUAGAGGGGCAACAAUCACAGGAUGAAGUGAAGAAGUUUAGUGUCGGGAUCGUGAAGGAUUUCGUCUCCGAUUUGAGGAGAGGGUUUGUCGAUAUCGACUGGGAUGCAGAAGAAGCCUCGCCUGUGGAGCAAGAGCAAGAUGGGGAGGUGGAUGCUGUGGCUGAAGAUACUGAGUUGAGACAACUUUUUGCAGAUGACGAUGAUGAGACAGGUUUACAAAGGGGAAGGAGGAAGUGGAAAAGGAAGUUGAAGGAGGGUCAAAAAUUGCUGCCCAACAGUAAGAAUGUGGAAAAUGAAAGAAAUCUGGCAUUAUUGCAAGAGAAAGUGGACAAGAUUAAGAACGAGAUUAACGACUGGGCAGCCACAUUGGACAAACAGAACCCAACGGCAGAAUGGACGUCUUCGCUACCAACUGAAGAAACUGUCACCACAACAGAAGAGGACAUUAACACCACCACCGUUACAGAAUUGCAGGAUGAACUGGCGGCACGCGUAGAUAAACUAUAUUUCUAUUCUCAUCUAUUAAAAUCACACUCGGAUGCCUUCCAGCAAAUCUCUACACACAAACUAAACAAACUCUCAUCCAAUUUUAACAAGAUCACAGAGACAGACAACCAGGAUAUGGACCCUAAGCUGCUGCUGCGUGGGUUGAGUGAGUCACUGCUUAAGAGAUAG